AUGGUCAGACCUCAGUGCCCCACAUACGCUGUACCCGUUGGUUUUCCUGUAUUCGGUCUCGCGUUUACCACAACGAACCAGUUGCUUGUAGGAGGAGGUGGUGGUGCUGGUCGAUCGGGUAUCCAGAACAAAUUGGUCUCGUAUCGCGUAGAACCACGUCGUAAAGAUCUCGAGGAGGAGGCCGUGUACGAGUUUUCGAACGAGGAAGAUGCGCCCAUGUGUCUUGAUGUGCAUCCUGUGGAUGAUACGAUAUUGGCUGGUGUCAAUGCUUCCGAGGAAGACAUCAAGAAAGGAAAGAAUAGCAAUUGUCGCGUAUUCAAGGCUCACGAAGCAACGAUCGAGCUUGUCAAGUCAAUGUCAACUCUUGACAGCAAGAACCCCGAUGACUACCAGAAAGCGGUUCGUUUCUGUGCUGAUGGCAGUUUGUUCGCAACGGGCACAUCCAAUGGUCAAGUGAAUGUGUACAAUUAUCCCGAUUACACCCCUCUUUGUGACACGAUUCAAGUUUCGGAGGACGAUGAAGUGAUGGAUGUGGAUAUCUCGAACAAGAAGGAUAAGCUUGUUGCUCUUACAAGGGAUGCUAUCAAACUCGCAAGCCUUCGUGGUCGACAUACUGGCAAAGUGAUGCAGACAAUUUCAAGCCCGGCACUUGACAAGAAGCAAAAACUACAGUUUCGAGCAUUCAGAUACGGCCGGUUAUACAGCAAGGAAAGCGCCUAUUUAGUAGGCAACAGCAAAUCCGGCGGUCAUCUUUUGAAGCUUGAUGCAUACACCCUUGAAGUUAUCAGCAACGUGAAGAUCAGUAAAAAGCCCAUUACUUCGUUCUGUCUAAGCCGGGAAGGUGGCAUGGCCGUUGUAGCAACUGCCGAUUUUUCGGUUAUCAUUAUGGAUGCAACAACAUUACGGGUCUUGCAUACGGUGAAGGAAGCGCACGGCUUUUCUAUCACGAGUAUCGCCAUCAGCCCUGAUCGAUUACUACUUGCAACAGGAUCCGCCGACAACAGCUGCCGUGUCGUCUCACUUCCCCAACAAUUCCCUAGUAGUGCUGCUGCUGUUAUCCAUCCACUCAAGACUGUAUUGUUGGCUGUGAUUGUUUCCCUGCUUCUAGUAGCCAUCUUGCGACUUUUUGACUCUUAUUACACUGACACCUCGGCAGUCUUCAACGAGACCUCAACCGAUUAG